CCAAUAUUCUACUCAAAAUCCUAGUCGUUAAAUCAUAGGAGUAUCACCACUCUCUUUUUCCUACGGUAUGACCAUGCAAAUUGCGUAGAAUAUUUCUUGUUUUUUAGUAUGAUGGCAAUCUUUGUAUUGCGAUUGUUGUGGGGGUGUGUGUUUUUGGUGUUUUGUGUGGUGGUGUUCUCGGAUAUUGACAAUGGUGAUGUUGAGGCGAUUCGAGCUUUGAAAGAUCAAUGGAAAAAUACACCACCAAGCUGGAGAAGGUCUAAUGAUCCAUGUUCGUGGGAAGGUGUCACUUGCAGUGACACGAGGAUCAUCUCAUUGGGAUUGUCGAGCAUGGGGUUGGUGGGUCAGCUUGUUGGCGACAUUGGUGGGCUCACUGCCUUAACAUCCUUGGACUUGUCGUUCAAUGGUGGACUCACUGGUUCAAUAUCUCCACGAAUAGGUGAUCUGAAAAGCCUUAGCAUUUUAAUCCUGGCAGGUUGUAGCUUUACAGGAAACAUUCCACCUGAAUUGGGAAAUCUUCAAGAGCUAUCAUUUUUGGCUUUGAACACAAACAAUUUAACCGGUGAAAUCCCUUCUUCAUUGGGAUCUCUCUCCAAACUUUAUUGGUUAGACAUCGCGGAGAAUCAUAUCACUGGAUCCAUUCCCAUAUCAACCGACACCAAACCGGGAUUAGAUCAACUAAAACAUGCUAAGCAUUUCCAUUUCAACAAGAAUAGGCUUUCGGGUGGAAUCCCCGAGCAACUUUUCAAUGGUGACAUGGUCUUGAUACAUGUAUUGUUUGAUGGAAACCAAUUAACGGGAAAAAUCCCGUCCACAAUUGGAUAUGUGCAGACACUAGAGGUCCUUAGGCUUGAUAGAAACACAUUAUCAGGCGAUGUGCCGUUGAACCUCAACAACCUUACGAGCCUAAGUGAAUUGAAUUUAGCUCACAACAAUCUAUAUGGAGAUUUACCCGAUUUAAAUGGGAUGAACGCCCUAAGUUAUGUGGACUUGAGCAACAAUUCAUUUCAUGGAUCGGACCCUCCAAUUUGGUUAUCUACCUUGCCAUCAUUAAGCACUUUGGUAAUGGAAUUUGGUUCACUUAAAGGAAAGCUACCACAAGAUCUUUUCAGUUUAUCAGGAAUUCAACAAGUGAAACUUAAGAACAAUAAGUUGAAUGAUACAUUGAAUAUGGGAAGCAGCAUUAGUGAGCAAUUACAACUAGUAGAUUUACAAAGCAAUGAGAUUGAAGCUGUGACACUGAGUAGUGAAUACAAAAACACAUUGGAACUAUCUGGAAACCCUGUGUGUGAUACAGCUCUAGCACACACUGCUUAUUGUCAUGUUCAACAACAAACCUCAAAGGCAUAUUCCACAAGCUUAGCAAACUGUGGGAGUAAAUCGUGUCCAUUGGAUAAAAAACUCAGCCCUCAAACAUGUGAAUGUGCUUACCCGUAUGAAGGCACAUUGUACUUUCGUGCACCCUCGUUUAGAGAAUUGUCAAGUGUUAAUAUUUGGCAUUCUUUAGAAAUGAGCCUAUGGGUGAAACUAGGCCUUACUCCUGGAUCAGUUUCCCUCCAAAAUCCGUUCUUCAAUACGGAUGAUUAUCUUCAAGUGUAUUUGCAACUUUUUCCAGGAAAGGGUAACCAUUUUAACAGGUCUGAGGUUCGAAAAAUGGGGUUUUAUCUAAGUAAUCAAACGUAUAAGCCUCCUGCGGGAUUUGGACCAUAUUUUUUCAUAGCAACUCCUUAUGACUUUUUCGAAGUCCAUGGAGGUACUUCUAUAGGUAUUGGUACUAUUAUUGGGAUUGCUACCGGUAGUACCUUAGUGGUCAUGAUGCUUAUUGGGCUUUUCGUAUAUGCUAUUCGCCAAAAGAAACGUGCAGAGAAAGCAAUUAUUCUAAGUAGACCUUUUGCAUCUUGGGCUUCAAGUGGUAAAGAUGGUGGAGGUGCACCACAAUUAAAAGGAGCUAGAUGGUUCUCUUAUGAUGAACUAAAGAAAAGUACAAGUAACUUCUCCCACACCAAUUUGUUAGGAUCUGGUGGCUAUGGAAAGGUUUAUAAGGGAACGGUACUUGGAGGGCAAGUAGUUGCAAUAAAAAAAGCUCAACAAGCAUCCAUGCAAGGAGGACUCGAGUUUAAGACUGAAAUUGAAUUGCUUUCACGUGUUCAUCACAAGAACCUUGUUGGGCUUAUUGGGUUUUGUUUUGAACAAGGAGAACAAAUGUUGGUGUAUGAGUUUAUGCGUAAUGGAACACUCAGAGACAGCUUGACAGGAAAAUCAGGAAUUUAUCUAGACUGGAAAAGGAGACUACGCAUUGCACUCGGUUCAGCAAGAGGCCUAGCUUAUCUACAUGAGCUAGCAGACCCCCCUAUCAUCCAUAGAGAUAUCAAGUCCACCAAUAUCCUUUUAGAUGAAUACCUAACAGCAAAAGUUGCAGAUUUUGGCUUGUCUAAGCUAAUUUCAGACAGUGAAGCACACGUCUCCACUCAAGUCAAGGGUACAAUGGGCUAUCUAGAUCCAGAAUACUACAUGACACAACAAUUAACCGAAAAAAGUGAUGUAUACAGCUUUGGUGUGGUAAUGCUUGAACUAGUAACAGCCAGACCACCUAUCGAAAAAGGGAAGUACAUUGUACGAGAGGUGAAAACGAAAAUGGAUACAACCGAUGAAGAGGAAUACGGGUUAAGAGCUUUAAUGGAUCCAAUCAUAAAAAACAUGACAUCUUUGAUAGGUUUUAAGAGGUUUAUACAACUAGCAAUGCAAUGUGUUGAAGAUUGUGCUACAGAUCGUCCAACUAUGAGUGAUGUUGUGAAGGCACUUGAGAACAUUUUGACUAACGAUGGACUUCAUACAGAUUCUACAUCUGCAUCUUCUUCUGCUACUGAGUUUGGGUCUCUGAAAGGCGCAAUUAAACAUCCUUACAGUGAAGCUACGCUUAAGAGGAAUGAUAGCUAUGGAUUUGAUUAUAGUGGUGGAUACAGUAUUUCGGCCAAAGUGGAACCUAAGUAAUGUAUUUCCAUGUCUAAAAAGCUAAUUUUGUAAUGAUUAUAUAUACUUCGAAUUAUAUAAUGUAACAUGUUAUCCUCCCAACAUUUGGGAAGAUGUUUUCGGAUUCAAA